AUGCCUGUGAUAUUCUGGGCCAGUUUUACUGCUACCCUUGUAGUGUUAUCUAUUCUAACUAUCUUACAAAAGAAAAAAAGCCUCCGCCUUCCCCCUGGCCCCCCACGGAGGUUUAUCGUUGGGAAUUUGAAAGAUCUUCCAAAGCCAGAUCAACAAGAAUGGCACCAUUGGAUGAAACAUAAAGAGCUCUAUGGUCCUAUCAGCUCCCUCAGUGUGCUUGGAAAAUGCAUUAUCAUCCUGAACGAUUACCAGCUGGCGAUACAACUACUGGAAAAACGAUCUGUCUACCACUCAUCCCGUCCACAACAAACCUUUGCCGAUAUGUCAGGCUGGGAUAAUGUGCUUGGCUCAGUGCGAGAUCCAGUUCAACUGCGCGAUACACGCCGGUUUCUGGCCCAGGGAAUCGGGUCUAAUAAAUCCGUGUCUCGCUUCGACCAGGUUCAAAAAGCAGAGGCCGCUCGGUUCCUGAUGAGAGUCUUGAAUGCUCCAGAAAAGCUUCGUCAGCAUAUACAAAAGGAGGCCGCAGCUGUUGUACUGAAGAUUGGCUAUGGAUAUACAGUUGAACCUCAUGGUGAGGAUCCGCUUGUCAUCCUAGCUAAUAAGGCAAUGACCGAUUUUUCCUCUGCCAUGCUUCCAACGUCGUGGCCAGUGAACUUUCUGCCUUUCUUAAAAUAUAUGCCCACUUGGAUGCCUGGGUCAGAUUUUAUCCAUGUUGCUCGGCGAUAUAAAAAGACAGUCACAGCAUUCAGCGAUGUUCCUUACAACUUUGUCAAGGAACAAAUGGAAAAGCAGACGGCUGUGCCAUCAUUUCUCUCGAAUGUUCUCAGCAAAUCAUCUAUAAAGCCUGGAUCUCAGGAGGAAAUCACGAUUAAAUGGUCAGCUGGAUCGUUAUAUGCUGGAGGAGCAGAUACAACUGUUUCGUCGCUGGCGACAUUCUUCCUUGCCAUGGCUCUUUUCCCAGAAGUACAGCACAAGGCCCAGCAGGAACUCGAUACAGUGGUUGGAAACGAUAGAAUCCCAGAAUUCCAUGAUCGAGCAAGCCUUCCCUAUGUUAAUGCGGUGAUUCAAGAAGUCUUUCGCUGGCGACCCGUCGUCCCUAUAAAUGUUGCACAUGAAUCAACCGCUGAUGAUGUAUGCGAAGGAUAUGAUAUUCCCAAGGGGUCUAUCAUUCUUGCCAAUAUCUGGGCAUUUACUCGGGAUGAGAGUAUCUACCAUGACCCCAUGGCAUUCAAGCCAGAGCGGUUUCUUCCAUCUCUUAGUGGCAACCCCCCAGAACUAAAACCCUCCAUGAUAUUUGGAUUUGGCCGUCGAGUUUGUGCUGGGCGUCUUCUUGCAGAAACAAACAUGUUUCUUACUGUCGCCCAGUCACUGGCUGUGUUCGAUAUUUCAAAGCCAUUGCAGAAUGGUAAGGAAGAGGAUUUCUCGGCAAGUUGGUUGCCAGGAGUAAUCAGUCAUCCUGCCCCGUUUGAACUCUCCAUUCGUCCACGGAGUGAUAAGCAUUUGGAGAUUAUCAGAUCUUUGGAAAGGCAGUAUCCUUGGGAGAAGAGUAACGCACGGGAUAUUGGGAGUGUUGUGUUCUAG